AUGCCGCUCGUGCAAUUGGCUGCUCGCCAUCCUUCCGACUCAGGACCAGCGAAAGCAAUGAAGGCAUCAUCAGGCCCCGAAGACCACAAGAGAAGACGGCUCCAAAAAGCAACGCCUGGAUGCUACUUCGACACCAGAUUUUCCCCUGGGCAGAGAAUAACUGGGGAUUCGUCUGUUAUCGGCGUGGAAUCCUGCUUGGAGGUCGAUGCACACCGAACUCCAGCCGAUGACGAUGUCUGGACAAGGGGGUGCCAGAACCAGGAUACGAAGCUGCAGCUCUCAUCAAGUGCCCGACCUCGUAUUAUUGGAGCUCACUCUCUCCAUCACCCUCUCCCUCUCCCACGUCCUCACCAAAAAUCUCAAAAACAUGUUCUGUUCCUCCAGCCUCGUUCUUCUUCUUCAUUCCUUUCAGACGAUUCAAUCAGUAUCUACUCAACCCAUAGCUUCAUUUCGCCGGCACCCAACGAUAUGGACGCAGAGGCUGAUGAGGUGCAGAUAGGGAUGUAUCGUAGGCGAUCUAAGACUCCCGUCUUUUUCGUCGGCCAAUUGGAGCGGAAGUCCGUGGAAUGCGAGCUGGACAAGGCGCAAUUGCUCGCAUCAGAGUACCAAGCAGUGUUACCUCUUCGUUUGAAAACUUCGUUCGCCCAGUCCCAAAUCUCAAUCCAAAAUCACGAGGAAGAUCACGAUCGUACCACUUCAAUUUCGACUUCAUACCGAAUUCAAACUCGCAAACGGCUUCGCAAAAUCAAAUGUCAACUGAGUUUGCGAGAUCUGGUCAAGCAACACUCGCAAUGCGGAGCGUCACCAUCACCAUCAACGCCAGGUUCGGAUGCAGAGACGUUAGUUGGCUCACCACCAUGCUCACCACUUGAUGCGGAUUUCGAGAAGGAGGUCUCCUCAGAUCGUCGAUCUCUUUUUAGUUCCAGUCCACAUCCUCAUCAUCAAACUCAAAUCCACGACAUCAGCGACGAGGACGAUGAACUCUCCCUCCCAGCUCUUAGCAAGUCAGCCCCAGAAAACGACAUCGGCCUCAAAAUCUGUACCGAGCUUCUCACCAACGAGCUCACCACGGCUCUCCUCCGGCACCACCAGCCUCUCGAAACAGAAACAGAAGCAAAAGACCGCGCCUCGGGCCUGCAAAUUCUGCUUAUGAUCGAGGCGUACGAGACGGUGCAAAGUCAGGUGAGGAGGAUGCUGUAUGACGCUCGUGUGACUGGCAAGCAGUUCGGUCACGUGAGCGAGGCAGAGAGGAUUCUGGAGCACUGGUUAAAAGCUCUCUAUGCUGUGUAUGAUCGAGAGCAGGAAGAGGAGGGGAAGAGGAUUAGGAGGGGGUUGGGACUUGAGUGGUCAGUGGGGAGUGGGGAGGAUGAGGGGAGGAGGGUAGUGAAGGGUCGUGUGAAAUGA